UCCUACUGUAAAGCAACUUAUAACAUUGGAUACAGAUUGCAACAAGAAGUGCAAAUAAAAACUAAACACCCCCACCCCAAGAAGAAAAAGAAACGAGUAUCCCAUCGACACGUUUUCUUUCUUCACCAAAUCUUGAGACCAAACUAGCUAGCUAAUUAACACUAGAAACCCAGAAUUUCAAACCACCGAACCAUGCCUUCAAGACCCUUAUCUCCAAGUUUUGACCAUCCUAGACCCAGUUUCUUAACCAAAACCAGAAUCUUGUUUUUGACACUCACGAUCUCAGCCUCUGUGGUCCUAAUCUUUGCAAUUGUUUACUUUCUUUACCAUCUUUGGUGCACACUUUUGAAUCGUUCAAGAACCAUCCCUUUUGACUCUAGUGCUCCUUUAAGGCUCCAAAGGUUUUCAUACAAAGAGCUAAAGAUUGCCACUGAUGAUUUUGAUGAUGCAAAUACUAUUGGCAAAGGAGGUACUGCUACUGUCUUUAGAGGCAUUGCAAGAGAUGGCAAGUUAUAUGCUAUUAAGAGGCUUGAUAAUCUUUCCUUGCAAUCAGAGAGAGAGUUUCAGAAUGAGUUGCAGAUUCUUGGUGGUUUAAGAUCACCUUUCUUGGUUAUUCUUUUGGGGUACUGUGUUGAAAAGAAUAAACGCUUACUUGUUUACGAGUAUGUGCCAAAUAAAAGCUUGCAAGAAUUGUUAUUUGGGGAUGGUCAUUUGAGUAUUUGCUGGGAGAGAAGGAUUAGUAUCAUUCUUGAUGUUGCAAAAGCACUUGAGUUUCUGCACCGUGAAUGUGACCCACCAGUGAUUCAUGGGGAUAUUAAACCAAGCAAUGUUUUGCUUGAUUUUGAUUUGAAAGCAAAGAUUUCAGAUUUUGGGUUAUCAAGGAUUAAAGGGGAGGGGGAUUUUGGAGUGGAUUUGUUUAGUCAAGAUUUGGGAAAGAGUCAAGAGCUUUGGAAGAGUCAAGAGCUUUCUGGGAAUAUGACUUCAGAGACACCAGCAAAUGGUACCCCUGUGGAGAGUUGUCACGAGGUAGAUUUUGCUCUUGCUUUACAAGCUUCUUCUUCGUCAAAAAAUAACAGAACAUGCUAUAAUGUAAAAGCUUUGAACUUGAAUUCUUUGAAUGAUAAUGCCAAUAUUGUGAGUGAGAGUGUUGUUAAGGUAAGGAAUGGGAAGGGGAAGGAGGUUUCUAGUGUUGAUAUUGGAUGGGGUGAUUGGAAUUGUAAAUUUGUGCCUUAUGAUGAUGAUUUUUGUAGUAACGAUCAUAGUAAGGAGCUGAAUUGCAAUAGCUCCUCGGUUGUUGAUGAUAUAGCUAGUACAAAACAAUGGGGAAAGGAUUGGUGGUGGAGACAGGAUGGGAGUGGUGAAUUGUGUAGUAAAGAUUAUGUCAUGGAGUGGAUAGGGAGCCAAGAUUGCCCCUCAGCAAAUCUAGAUUGGGAUGACGAGAAGAGAAGUACUCCUGGAAGAAAAGAAUUGCGUCGUAUGGUCCCAUUAGAUAAAUUAGACGAUGCAAACGAACCUCCUCGAUUAAAAGAAUUCAAGUUUGAAAAUCAUGUUAGUGGAUUUGAGAAGAAGGAACAUGAAGGCAGGAAAAAUUGUCGGAAGAAAAAUAGGAAGAUGCAAGAGUGGUGGAAAGAUGAGCAGCACUUGGAUGGGAUAAACCAGAAGGGUAGUAAGCUGAAGAAUAUUGAAACAAAGCGGAAAGGAGGGUUUAGAAUACCGCAUUUUGAUCUUGGUCGCAGGUUUAGAUUUCAUAGACGACGAGAGAAAAUGGGAGAACAGAACCAAAAUGAUACUGAUCAAAAUGGGGAGUUCAGUUUCAGAAGGGGGUGGAAGAAAAAGAAUGCGCGAUCUACUGGAAGUGAUAUGUGGAGUGGGGAUCUUUUUAGUCGCGAGUUAAGCAGUACAACAAGCAUGAGAGGCACGCUAUGUUAUGUUGCACCAGAAUGUGGUGGCUGCGGGUACUUGAUGGAGAAGGCUGAUAUAUACAGCUUAGGGGUUUUAAUUCUUGUGAUUGUCUCCGGUAGAAGGCCAUUACAUGUUCUUGCUUCCCCCAUGAAGCUUGAGAAAGCAAAUUUAAUAAGUUGGUGCAGGCAGUUAGCUCAAACUGGGAACAUCUUAGAACUAGUAGAUGAAAGAGUGAAAGAUGAAUACAACAAGGAGCAGGCAAGCUUGUGUAUAAACUUGGCGCUGUCAUGCUUGCAGAGGAUGCCUGAAUUACGGCCAGCUAUCGGAGAGAUUGUCAAGAUUUUGAAGGGGGAGAUGGAUCUACCGCCUCUACCUUUCGAGUUUUCUUCCUCCCCACCUUCCAAGUUGUGUAGUAGGUCAAGGAGAAAACAAGGAUCCAAUGCAGAGUAGGUUCAGUAAAUUUUCUUUGUUUGCUUCCAUUUAUCAUGUUGCGUCAUUUGCUGAGUGGCACAUAGGAUGGAAGCUGUAAUCUGUUAACACAUGAUGGAUGUGAAGCUGUGUUCUUCGAGGCUAUAUGUAAAUCGGAUGAAUGAUUUUUCA